AAAUGAAGCAUUAAGCCUUUAAUUUAUCUUUUUCCCCAAAAGCGAAAACUAAACCUCCUCCGCUCAUUAAACCUCUUGCUCCUCUUUCCCUUUCACUGCCCAUAAAGCUGAGCAGCAAGGAGUUUGAAAUCACAGAAGCAGAUCUCUCCAAAAAUGGGUCAGAAAUCUUUGAUCUACACAUUCGUGUCGCGGGGAACAGUGAUUCUUGCAGAGUACACAGAAUUCAGUGGCAAUUUCAAUUCCAUAGCUUUCCAGUGCCUCCAGAAACUCCCUUCUUCCAACAACAAGUUCACUUACAACUGCGACGCUCACACUUUUAAUUACCUCGUCGAUAAUGGCUUUACGUAUUGCGUAGUUGCGGAUGAAUCAGCAGGAAGACAAGUACCGAUGGCUUUUCUGGAACGUAUCAAGGAAGACUUUAUGGCAAAAUAUGGCAGUGGAAAAGCUGCAGUUGCUCCUGCUAAUAGCCUGGACAAGGAAUUUGGCCCGAAACUUAAGGACCAUAUGCAAUAUUGUGUUGAUCACCCUGAAGAGAUAAGCAAGCUUGCAAAGGUGAAAGCUCAGGUUUCAGAAGUUAAAGGAGUCAUGAUGGAAAAUAUUGAAAAGGUUUUAGAUAGAGGGGAAAAGAUUGAACUUCUGGUGGAUAAGACUGAAAACCUUCAUAACCAGGCACAAGAUUUUCGUAGCACGGGUACAAAAAUCCGGAGGAAAAUGUGGCUGCAAAAUAUGAAGAUAAAGCUUAUUGUUUUGGCAAUAGUGAUUGCGUUGAUUCUCAUCAUAGUCCUUUCAGUUUGCAAAGGUUUUAAUUGUGGAAAAUGAGUGGUGCCUCCAAAUGGUUUUUGUAUUGUGAGAGCUUUUGCAAUAUAUUGUGAUGACACCGUGUGUAGCAACAAACAACAAUUUGUAGAACAAAGUAACAUUUUCAUUUGCAUGUGAAUAAGAAAACCUAUAUACUAUUGUGAUAUCAA